AUGAGUGGUUUUGAAGUCUUCAAAUCAAUGUUCAUGUAUCCAUGGCUGGAAUAUCAAGACAGGGCCAAAGAAUUCAGAAAGGCCAUGGCUCCCGUUCACCUGCCCCUGUCCUGCUACCAGAUGCCAAGGGAAGAGUAUCCCCCAAGUCCAGAGCACUGGCGGAAGCACCCCAGAAGGUCAAAUGCGAUUCCUUACUGUUUCUGCGAUGUACCCGAGGUUCUAACAUACUGGCAUACCCUGGUUGAUAAGCAAAAAGAACGGGAGACCUUGAAGGUGUUGCAAAAAAACAAAGACCAGCCUAGGUGUGCUUUGCCUGCCUCUAUACUCCUCACACCUUCAUGUCUUCAAGGAAAGAAGGGAAGAGCAAGGAAAGGGUCCUUAGACCCUACCAAGGACCUCCUGAAGUGGAAAAGGUUAAAGGAACUAACACAAACCCUGACAUCUCCACGGGAGGAGGAGCAGUUGUAUGCUGCACAGGCUCUGAGGCGCCUGGGCAUCAAUGACAAGUUUGUCAUGGAGGCACUCUGGCAGGUGGCCCAAACUGGUCCAGAGAAAGUGAAGUCUGAGGCCUAUCGAACCCUGGCCAUACUAGGUUGCCUGAAUAAGUAUGUGAUACAGGCUGUCAUCGAUCAGUUAAAGAAUCCAAAUAUGUGUCAAAAGAUGGAGACUCUGAGAGGGCUGCGAGUGGCUUUGAACUCCUGGGCUGCUGUCCCUAAAGACAAGAGGAUUCAAGUUGAGAAUGAAAAAGAGCUGGUGUGCAUGCUGAAGGUGCUCAUAAAAAAGCCAUUGAGUGAAACCACCCUGGAAGCAGCCCUGUGCUUGGGUUUCCUGAGGCCCCACAGCAACACAGCCCAAGAGUUUUUGGUGAAGUACCUGUGCCAAGGACCCAAGUCUCAUCAGAUGAAGGCACUUAAGAUGUUGAUCAAGAUUAUGCAGGUACAUUCUGUUGAAGUCACCAGGGCCAUUCUGGAUCAGAUUACUUCUUCUGUAGUCAUUGAGGACAGAUAUGAAGCCAUUAAGAUGCUCAAGACCAUUGGACUGGAACAAAUCAAGCAACAGGGGCUACAAGAAUUGACAUUUAACCUGCUCAAGAUGAAGACACACAAUGAACCCUUCCUUGCUAUAAGGAAGGCUGUGGCUGAGUUGGUGGAAGAGCUCAAGAUGAAACCUAUGAUGAUGAAUAUGCUGGAGGCAGAGCUGAUGAACCCAAAUGCUGUUAAACGCCAGGAAGCAGUCAUCUCUUUGGGUGUCCUUGGGGUACGCGGCCCACAAGUGUUUCACUUGCUCCUGGAUAUGCUAGAUGUAGAAAGGAACCAGGCUGUGAAGAAAAGUCUACAAGAAACAUUACUCCUUUGGGCCUCCAUGAAUCCCUGGAUCCAAAGUAAGCUGCGGAACAAAGUUUUCUUUGUCUCUGCAAUAUCUGAGACUAGCAAGGUGAAAGAGCCUACACGGUUCCGUAAAGAGCCUGACAAAUUAGAAGAGUUAAACAUCCAAGACUUUCGACUUGCAAAGCUGAACCCGUUGUUUAUUUCCCAAUUCUGCAACAAGGAAGGAAAAAGGAAAAAGUUGCCUGCUUUCCCACCCUGUUUCUCUAAACCACAAAAACAAAGGUCACAGACCAAGGGACCUUGGCAGUCCAUAACCAGAAAACAGAUCCAGGACCACAAAUGGUGAGGUCUACUGUCUCCUUCAGGAUGAUCAUUAAACACUCCCAUGAGAAAAUCACCCAGGUUUCUCUGUCACAAAUAAAUGAGUAUCAUUAUACCACCACAGGUCUGCUGUUCUCUCCUUGCUCCUGGUGGGUGUUCUAUGUAGUCAUAUAUCCUUCCACUAGAGGAAAGAGCCAAGGCUUCUCUAUACAGCCACCUUGCCUCCCAAUCAAAUCCUUGUCUGGGUUUAGAAUUUGAUGAUGAAGCUAGACUGAACCUCUUUAAGGCCAAGCCUAGAGAAAAAACAGUAAGAAAAUGCUAGGAAGUUUAUUGGGCAACCUUCAUUUCCUCUAACAUGCUUACCCACCACCCACACACUUACCUCUCUAAGAUGACUAUGAGAGAUUAAAGCUUUUUUUUAUUAUUAUGUUGAGAUAGAACCUCAACUACUAAGUCCAUGCUGACCUCAAGCUCAUAAGCCACCUUCACCAGCUUCCUGAGGGCUAGGAUUCUACCAAAACAUUUUCAAAUAUAAAUUUCAAAAACUGAAAGUAACUGCCCGUCUGUCUGUAUAUUCCUGCAUAGCUGCUACCUUCUCUCAUACCACCCCACCUCUAUCACCCUUCAUAAUUAAGGUUCUUGAGCUAGGUAUGGUGGAACAUGCCUGUAAUCACAGCUUCUCCAGACUUAAGCAGGAAAACAUCAAGUUAGAGACCAGUGUGGGCAACUUAGUAAGACCCUUUUGUUUUUUUUUGGUGGUCUAGAGUCUGAAGGCAAGGCUUCCUGCUUGCUAAGUAAGCACUAAGAUGUUUCCAACAAGACUCCAUCUCAAAGUUAAAAUAAAAAUAAUUUUUUAAAAACU